UGGGAAUCGAAUGAGUCAUGUACCAUCUGUGGCGCUUGGCAAGGCGUUAAAUCCUCUUCAAUUAACUAGAACAUCAAUUAAAAUCGGCACAUCCGUUGGUUGUUUCGCAUCUCCUUUUCUUCGAUCUCCGUGGACCUCUAUAAAAGGGAGCAGACCUCGUGAUCACGCCAGACAAGGAGAAGCAGUUGACGUAGCUGCAGUGCUUGUAAAGUCGAACGAAAAUGAAGAAAGCCGUGUCGACUUUGGUGAUUUUAAUAUUGAUGAUAACUGUGCAUAUCGGAUUGGGGAAAAAGCAUCAUCAUCACCAUCAUCAUCACCACCAUCAUCACCAUUCGCAGCAAUUCAGAAAACAUUAAGGUUUUUUUUAAUGAAAAUGUCUGCAUUUAAUCACAAUUCUACAACGUAUGCCAGUGCAUUUGUAACAAUAGGUUCUAGUUAA